AGAAGACAUUUGAAUUUGGGGGAUAAUGCGGUAGAACACAUGACUAAGAUGAAUUCAGGCAAAAGGGCAAGCUCUGCAAAAAACAGCAGAAGGAGACGCUGGGAAGUUAAAUCCAAGGAAUCCUUUGAGACUUCACUUGCUGUUGAAUUUGAAUCCCCUGAGAAGAGUCAGAAGAGUGAGACAGAGGAAAACACAGGCUCAACAAGUAGUUUGCCCAAGGAUAAAGAAGAAGCUACCAGUGCAACUUCAAAACCACGCAAAUCUACACGUUCAAAGUCAGCAACCCCAAGCAAAGUCAUAGAUGAGGAAGAGGAAGAUGACCUUCUGUCAGCUAGGAUUGCUGCUCUGAUAGAAGAAGCUAGUAUUAAAUCUAAAGACUCUCCAAAGGCACCCAAAGAGCCAGGUAGCAUUGGCCCUACCAAGGAAAAGCACAAAGAACCUAGAACUCCAGUAAAACCUGAACCCAAGGAAAACCCAGAGUUAAUUCUUGUAGCUAAAAAUGACAAAAAUAUAAUGUUUCCAAAUCCAUUUGAUACCCCAGUAAAGCAUCAUACCAUAGAACAAGAAAGUUUUACACCCACAGCACCUCCAUAUUCACCAGGAGGAGGAGUAGAAGAAAUUCCAAGGAAAAAGAAGCAGAAAAAGAAGAGUGACUCCAGCAGGCUCAUGCUAGUCAGCAGCAAGAAUGAAGAGUCUGUGAUAAGCGUCCAGCUUCGAGAUUUGGGUGAAGAUGUAGUUGAAGUGAGCAGAGAGUAUCAGGACCCAGUAGUUGCAAUGCCAAGCCUUCUUCUGGCUCCCUCUACUUCAACUCCAGGCCAAAACAACAUAAGCACUAUUUAUCAUGAGCAGCUGAAUGGGUUUAUAAUCAGUAAGAACAAUGGUAAUGGAAGGCAGAGACUGAGUGAGAGUCUUCAUGAUGUUAAUCAGAGUCAGACAAGGGGCUCUCAUGCACUCUUCUUGCAAAAUGGUUUCCGAUCAUUUUGUGUUCUGUGCCAAGGAUUGCUGGCUGGAAUAACACUUGCACACUGUCUUUUGAUUUUUCUUUUUGAUGUGGAACCCAUGACCUUGCCCAGAGUCUACACACCCAGGAUGGCACAUGUCUUCUAUUCUCUGAUAAUUUUCCUGUCAACAAUAUGCUUUGUGGCUGCUUGUGACAGGUGUGAUCUUCGAGGAGCAGGAGUGUUUUCUGGUCAUGGCAUCAGAGUACCCUGGACACCUGGGUUUUACCUUGCAUCUUUGGUUCUCUCACUAGUUGCUAUAAGGGCUGAAGAUGCACUAACUCACUACCAUCUUUAUAAGGCCGAAGCCCUUCAGAAAGAGCAGAUUGGAGAUCUCGUUGAUUGGUGGAGAUGGAUGUGCAUUACUCGGUCCUUGCUAGCUGUUUUGGCCUGGCUAGCUGUGGUCCCAGAUCCCCAUACAGAUGCUCUUCUUGAUUAUUUGAAACUUCUCCAGCAGUGAUAUUAAUUUAAUCCAAGUAUUGACUGUGAUAGCUCAGGUUUCUUGAAACCUGUAUAUACUAUGUCAGGUCCAAAUUUGGUGCAUUGAUGCAUUAUUUAUGCCUUUCAUUUUACUUCUAUGAUUUUCUGGAUAUUAAGUGAAGAGAAUUGAUCUGAUGAUCAAGCUAACAUGAUACAUGACAUGUACUGAGAUUCCAAGAAAUCCUGCACAAGGCAAGGGAACAACUGAAGUAUGUUUUUAACAAAUUUUCAUAUGAUGUUCAACAUUUUAUAUUUUACCGACUGACAGGGGACACAUUUGAAACCUUGGUUUUGUUAUAAGUUAAAUCUUAUACAUAUCAAGAAUUAGAUUAAUUAUUACAGCUUUAGUGAUACUCCAAAGAAUUUACUGGUAUUUUAUUAGUUAACACUGAUAAAUAACUGAAAUAAUGUUGCAGUAUUAAUGCUGUAUGUCAUUUAUUUUUAACUGUAUUUUUUUUUCCAGAUACAGAAAAUAAGUAUCAAAUACUUUUUAAUAGUUUUGAAUAACAAAUAAAGUUGGUAUCAUGAUACUGGUUUAGCAUCUGAAUGAAUGAAAACUGAUGCCAUUACAGAACUGGAACUCUGACCAUAUUCACAAGUGAUGUGUAAUAUGACUAGUCUUGUAGCAAUAGAUAACCAUGUAAACUACUGCAUAAUAUUUCAAUGAACUAGGCAAUAAGUGCAUGACCAACUUACUGUAAAGUUCUAUGGAGACCUGUUAAGUACUUCAUAAUAUUUAACUGGUAGAAAGAUAAUCUUAUAGAUAUGCUUUUCGAAAGAAACACAUUUUUUCCUCUCUCUCUCUCUCUCUCUCUCUCUCUCUCUCUCUCUCUCUCUCUCUCUCUCUCUCUCUCUCUCUCUCUCUCUCUCUCUCUCUCUCUCUCUCUCUCUCU